UUUUCGUGGGAGUCGGUUGAGUUCGUUCGCGCAGCGCGUUUGCUUUCCAUUCAAAAAAAAAAACAUCAACAAAAAUAUGGAUAUUUGAUUGGCACAAAGUAAUAACCUAUUUGUUUGGGGAAAUAUUCAACGAUUUCGGAUGUUUUAAUUACUCGCCGACAGGUUUCUCCCUCCGUUCACCGCACGUUUUUUUCAUUCGAUUCGGGACGGUUGUUGUUGUUUUAGUGAAGCACACCUACAAAAAAUACAAAACCACUCACACACACGAAAAACAUACACACGGUUGUGAUUUGGCGCGCUCUUGUGUGCGUGUGUAUGUACAACCAAAACACAAAAAAAAAGAAAUUCGGAGUGCAAAAAAAAACAGAAAAAGGCAAGCGAUAAAAUCGGAAAGCCAAAAAAGCAAAACAGUGCAAGUUACACUUUUCACAAAUCGAGGAAAAACAAGAAAAUUCCGUUUCGAUUUCCAAGAUUUUCGUGUGCGAUUGUGUGUGUGUGCAACAGCAAAUACCAAUACCCACACUCGGUAAGAAAGAAGAAGAGAAGCAGCGCGAAGCAGAAGAAGAAAGAUGAUGUAAACUUUGUUGUAACCAAAAAAAAAAAAAAAACAAAAGAGUAAAGCAGUGAAAAGAAGAAAACGGGAAAAGUUGUACUGCGUAUUCUUCCCAUUUUCGAGUGACUGAGAAUUCUUCAAAAUGCCAGAAACGGAGCAGGAGAGUUGCAACAAAGAGUGGCUGCAAUCGCAACUACGCUCCCUUGACUCCAAGGAGCUGAUUCUUCUGGACUGCCGGGGCUCCCACGAGUAUAGUGAAUCCCACAUCCGCGGUGCCGUCAACCUCUGCAUCCCCAGCAUCGUCCUGCGGCGGCUGGCAACCGGAAAAAUCGACCUGGCCUCGACGAUCAAGUCCCCGGAGCUGAAGGAACGCAUCCAGUCGGGCUACAAGCUCUGCUGGUUCAUCCUCUACAACGGAGAGGGCGUGGCCAAUCAAAACCAAGAGAUGGUAGGCGCUGGAUCCUUCGCUAUCGCCAUGGACUCCAUCAUCAGUAUCCUGCAUCGCCGACUGAAGCAGGACGGCUGUCGAGUGGUUGCCCUACAAGAUGGCUUCUCCAGUUUUCGCCAGGCAUUUCCAGAGUGGUGCGAGGACGAUAAUCAGGCGCACAACAAGGAAAUGGAAUCUAGUCGCAACGUACAGACCGAUCAGUUAAUGGGUCUAAGAUCCCUACGCAUUUCCACGUCGCAUUCCGAUUCUGCGUGCAGCAGUUCGGCAGAAUCGUCGGAUUGCGAGAGUACCGGCCACCAUCACCACCACCACCAUCAUCAUAAUUUCAACGAGGCGCCUGUGGAGAUCAUCCCGGGGCUGCUGUUCCUGGGAAACGCCUCGCACAGCUGCGACUCGAAUGCAUUGCAAAAGUACAAUAUUAAGUAUGUGCUGAAUGUGACACCGGAUUUGCCAAACGAGUUCGAGAAGUCCGGCAUCAUCAAGUAUCUGCAAAUACCCAUAACCGACCACUAUUCACAAGAUUUGGCCAUGCAUUUCCCAGAUGCCAUACAUUUCAUAGAGGAAGCGCGGUCCGCGAACUCGGCGGUGCUGGUCCACUGCCUGGCCGGAGUUUCGCGGUCGGUGACCGUGACGCUCGCCUACUUGAUGCACACCCGGGGCCUGAGUCUCAACGACGCCUUCAUGAUGGUGCGGGACCGGAAGCCGGAUGUGUCGCCCAACUUCCACUUCAUGCAGCAGCUGCAGUCCUUCGAGAGCCAGCUCCGCCUGAGUCCCGGCGACGGACAGGCGAUGGACGAGUCCGGGAUGAUGGGCAGCAACGUGACCCUCGGCCUGGGGCCCGCCUCCUCCGGAUCCAUGGUCAAAGUGCUGGCCACGAAUCCCAGUGUGGUGGCCUCGCGGUGCGGUCGCGGCUCCAAGUUCUCGUGCAACUGCAUCGCGCCGGACUGCAAGUGCAUGCAGACCGGCGGAUACAUGGCCGCGCACUUGGCCAAGGCCACCGGGGUCUCACCCGACUCCGGCAUCGAGUUCGACCGCUGGACGCCGUCCUCGGACACGGGUCUGAAAUGAGAGCAGCUGGGCGGUAAGAGUUUCGUGCUGCCGCCGAGCCAGGAGAUCUUGGCCGCAGCCGUUGCCACAUCGCCGCCGCCCAUCUGCCUGGCAGUGAAUCCGGAUAACAUGUCCC